GGGGGUGACAAUCUGAAGGAAGCCUUUGAACAGGUAUAAUUUUUUUUAGUUUGUAUACAUGAUCAGUUUUAUACUAUGUCUCGUUUUAAGCCUCUGUUUUGAUUCAUUUUGUUUGGUAGUUAAUCUGGCAGGGGGAGGGCUUACCUCAGUCAACUUUUUGCUCAGUAUGUGCCGCUGGCUUCACAGAACCCCUUUAGAACCCAUUAUAAUCUAUUCCGUGGCCAGUUAUUAUAGACUGCAUCUUAGCUUUUUGGGGGCAAAUGUGAUUGUUGUGAUCCAAACUUCUUUAUGCAUCUACCUUGUAAAGCCUUUGAACUAGGUCAUCCUGAAGUGAAUUGCAACAUUUGCCUUAGUGCAUUAAGUUUAACCAGAAACUCAUAAUGAGUUUCUGGUUUAACACAUCUCCAUUAGCCUGUUCCUAGGAAGUCCCCCCUGGGUACAUUGUUGUUAAUGCACAGAAUAAUUUCUCAUCAUUUUAAUAUUGUGUUAAGGUAGCAACAGCCAUGUUUGGCUACAUGACAGAUUUAUGCACAGUUGACAUUGUGAGGGUAGAAGAAAUUACAGCGGAAGGUAUCAUUAGGUUAUAAUGUUUCAUUCAACUCAUAUAAUCUGUCAGAUUGUUUUUUAAAAAGUAUUUUCUUUCUAUUUUCCAUUGAAAGUAAACCAUUUUACUUUUAUCUUCCUUUGAAGUUGCCCCAGUACUUAAUCAUCUCUUGUGUAAUCUUAUGUCGUGGAUUAGAGGACAACAAGAUGCGCUCAUUUUUUAUCCAGUUAUAAAUAAUUAUCUCGUGAGCCUGUCAAUAUUACGUAGCCAUUGUACUUUGUGUUCAUAUGCUUCAAAUAAAUGCAUAACAAUGAGCCCAUGCAUUUGAAGAUUUCCAGAUAUUACAAGGACUUUCUUGUUUAUAGCCCUUCAUUUCCUAUAACUGUGAAUGAACCUCACAACUGUCAUAAAUACUAUUAAAUAUUUGAGAAAAAUAAUAUGACUUUUAUCAGGUGAUGACAUGCUUGGUCUCUUGUUCCAUUUUCUGGAUGAACUUCUCUUCUUGAUGUGUGCUGACCCAUACUUCAUAGUUAAGGUAAGCUUGAGGUAUUUCAGCUUUAAUCAUGCCAUAACAAAUGGCUCAGGCUACAUUCACACUAGAUGAAUGGUGAACGGAAAAACUGUGAGGGAUGCAUGACACUUGCAGUUAGAUAGCAAUAAAAGACAUUCAUGACACUGUUUGAUAAUUUGUCAUAAAUAUCAUCCUUUGAGCUAUGUUCACACUGUACUACAUGAAGGUAACUUUUGUGCCAGCAAAAAUCAUACCAUCCGCGGAGACCCAGGGGCAGAUAGUGGGGGGAGGUAAAAGUAAAAAACGGCGAGAAGAGCCCCUGGGGACAAUGUCUUACCAGACCAGAUCCAAACGGUUGCCGCCGUUCUGGCUUCUGAUUGGUGCCAGAAAACUUGUGUUUUUCUGGCACCAAUCAGAAGCCAGAACGGUGGCGACUGUUUGGAACUGGUCUGGUAAGACAUUGUCCCCAGGGGCUCUUCUCGCCGUUCUUUACUUUUCUUCGUUCCAUAUAUAUUUUUCUGCCCGUUUAGACUUUUCCUGGCCCCCUUUAUCUGCCCCUGGGUCUCCGAGGAUGAAAUCAUACCAGAUAGGUCUUCUGUUCACACAUAAGAAUGGAGAUUUUGGCCCUCCAAUCUCAAAAGUGGAGCAUCACAGAGGAGAUAGUUUCCUGUUAUAGUCACUUUGGUUUAGUGUGAAAAGGUAUUCAGGCGGUAGUGAAAGUAAAAAUUAACUGUAAGUCAGGAAGAGAAACCCACUGUCAUCCCUAGGUAUCCCUAAUCAUCCCAGUCAUCCCUACUGAUCCUUUGUCAUCCCUAGUCAUCCCAGCCUUCCCUAGUCAUCCCUUGUCAUCAAAGUCAUCCAGACUCGUCCCAGUUAUCCCUAGUCGUCCCUAGUUAUACAUAAUCAUCUCUAGUCAUCCCUUUUCAUCCCAGUCAUCCCAAGUCAUUCCUAGUCAUCCUGUCAUCCUAGUCAUCCGUAGUCAUCCCAGUUAUCCUUACUCAUCCAAGUCAUCCCUAGUCAUCUCAGUUAUCCCUAGUCAUCCUAGUCAUCCCAGUCAUCCCUAGUAAUCCCUGGUCAUCGAACUUAUGCAGAUUCCUCCCAGCUAGCCCUCAUCCCUAAUCAUCCCUGGUCAUCCCAGUCAUCUCUAGUGAUCCCUAGUCAUCCCAAGUUAUCCUUAGUCAUCCCUAUUCAUCCCUUUUUAUCCCUGCAGUCAUCCCAAGUCAUUCCUAAUCAUCCCAGUCAUGUUUAGUCAUCCCUAAUCAUCCCAGUGAUCCCUGAUCAUCCCUUCCCUAGUCAUCCCAGUCAUCUUAGUCAUCCCUAGUCAUCCCUUAUCAUCCCAGUCAUCCCUAGUCUUCCCAGUCAUCCCAAUCAUCCCAGUUACCCUGGUCAUCCCUGUUAUCCCUAACCAUCUUAGUCAUCCCUACUAGCUCCAGUCAUCUCUAGUC